GCGAGACGACAGUUUCAAAAUCAAAACAUCAGUGCAAUUUUCCACUUUAUCUCGAAAAGUUUGUGUGUAUAGAAUUGGAUUUUUGGCUCUUAAUUACCUGAAAUUAUCACUCCGAGUGUUUGAAGAUGUCUUAACAUCGCGCUAGUGGCGGAGGGUAGACGGUUUUAUCAUCUACGUCCACAACAGUAUCUAAUUACUGCAGUGAGUCAAAGGGGCGUAGGAGUUGUGUAAUCUGCCGCAUUAUCUGAUGGAACGCGUUCAGAUUUGGAUAAAUUAGAUUGAUAAGGUCUAUAAGAAGAUUGAAAGGAGUAUUGGCGUAAAAAUGGCAGUGGCUAAAUCGUGGAGUUUUGUAUUUGUGUUCAUGUGGCUGUCGUUUCUUCUGGGAGCCGGUAUUCAUCUGUUUUCGAAGGGAUUUCUGCUGACUCGAAUGGCGCAAACGGAUUACAAUGUUUGUACCCUAUACGAUGAUUAUCGAUGUGAAAAUGACAAGGAUUAUAAGGGAUCCUGCAACGGUUCUGAAAAAGUGGCCUCAAUCUUGCGAGAUGUAAACCAGUCAGCUAGCAUCUGUUUGCCUCAGAAAAGUAAAGUCAUCCUGCUGGUAAUAGAUGCCCUUCGAUACGACUUUGGAACAUUUGAUGCUGAUUUGAAGCAUCCGCUACCGUAUCUAAAUAAGCUGCCAAUUUUAAUGGAAUUGCAAAAUCGCUACCCAGAUCACACUCGGAAGCUGAAAUUUGUAGCUGACCCACCGACUACGACGAUGCAACGGUUGAAGGGUAUGACGACAGGAAGUUUGCCGACGUUCAUUGAUAUUGGGUCUAACUUUGCCUCCCCAGAAAUUAACGAGGACAAUGUGGUUGAUCAGUGGGCUAGAAACAACAAAACAGCAGUAUUCUUAGGCGAUAGUACUUGGACAGAGUUGUUUCCGGGAAGGUUUAAGCGGAAGUACGAUUACCCGAGUUUCAACAUCCAUGAUUUAGACACGGUUGAUCGAGCGGUGGAGAAGUACCUACCGCGUGAAAUUGCUAAAAAGGAUUGGGAUGUGAUAGUUGGGCAUUUGCUGGGAGUGGAUCACUGUGGACAUCGUUAUGGACCACUGCACGAUGAGAUGACACGAAAGUUGAACGAGAUGGAUGUAUUGAUACGAAACGUAACAGAGCAGAUGGAUGAUGAAACCACUUUGAUUGUGAUAGGCGAUCAUGGAAUGACACAAACUGGGGAUCAUGGAGGAGAGUCUUCAGAUGAGGUUGAUGCGUUAUUUUUCAUGUAUUCGAAGGGCUCCCCACUGCUACCCCAAGGAUAUGAUGAACAUGUAACGGAAAUUCAACAGAUUGAUUUGGUACCACUUCUUUCCACCCUACUUGGUGUGCCAGUUCCAUAUUCCAACCUGGGACAAAUCAACUUCCAGUUAAUUCCUGAUACAAAACUGGACACAUUUCUGAAAUAUCAAUUAGCCCUGUUGCAUUUAUGGCAAAAUGCACGUCAAAUACAGAACUACUUUCAGCAGUACGCCGAAUCCAAUAGAGGUACCUUUACGGUAGAUCAGUUGGAUGAUUUCGACAACAAAUUCCUCAUGCUGACCCAACGAGUCAAUACGGUCUACACGGAGGCCGCUUUCCAGAGCUUUUCAAAGGAUCUUCGCCUCUACCUCAAGGAUAUUUUGGAAAGUUGUCGCGAGAUCUGGGUCAAAUUUGAUGCGCAGAUGAUCUCGCAUGGCCUUUUAGUGACGUUCUUGACAUGCUUUGCUACUUUCAUCCUGAUUGCCUACUCUACCGCCCAUCAACUGGGACAAAUAUUCAACGGACAAGUGAUUUACUAUAUUAUCGUGCUAAGCUUUAUGGCAGGAACAUCUGGGUACUUCUUUCAUCAGGAUUUGAAUAUGUCAUCGGCAGAACAUGGAUCGAUUUUCUUUGCCUCGAUUGCCUCCAUAGGAAUCCUGUGUUUCUUGAUAAUUCAAAACUGGACCAACAUCACUGAGAACAUCAGUCAUUACAACCACAAGAAGAACUUCGUCACAAGAAUUUCCUUCACCUUCACCACCUGCGUAUUCUUUUCAAACAGUUUCAUCAUCCAGGAACAGAAAGUAUUAUCGUACGUAUUGAUUGGAUUCUUCAUUCUCGCCGUGUACAACAUACAAAAGAACAGUCAAUUCAAGAUUGUGCGCUUCCGGUGGCCGACGUUACGUAAAUCUAUCUUCCUGAAGCUGGUAGCGUUGGCUCUGUUUGGAAUUUCGCUGAUUCGUUUCUCCAGCAACUAUUUUCGAUGUCGGGAAGAGCAAGGUAACUGCACGGAUUAUAUUGUAAAGGCACCUACUCCGGAUGCCAGACGCAAGUCGGGUCCUGAAUUCGACCUUAUCCCUAUUAUUGCUCUCGUUUGCUACAUCAUAUGUGCUCGAUACUACCUCAGAGCUUGCGGGAACCUCACCGGGAACUCAUUUAAUAUAUUGUUGGCUCGAUAUGGUCCACCGCUAGGUGUGAUUUGUGCAUGCGGCCAUUUUACGUUAGCUAUGAACAACACUAAAGGCGUUCCUCAGAUCCACGUCGAUGCUUUUGCAUGGACAGUUUACGUUCUUUUAGUAAUACAAAUCAUUACCAUCUUGAUUCGACCCUUGAUGAUUUUCAUCUUACCGAAGAAGAAAGAAAUGAUGAACAUUCUUUAUGGAGACCAAUCGAACCCAGCACCAGAAAUCUACCGACAAUUACGUGACAGUUAUAAUUCUAAGACCACGUCAACCGUGUCGGAUGAAGUUCCUAUUGUUUGCGGUCUGGCAACUGUCUACUCGUCCGUUUUCAUUUCAAUUGGUGUUUUUAUAGUGAUCCUGCUAGCCCUUUUGCUGGGUUCGAACGGGACAGCCGGUCUAGUCAUCACCCUCGUCGUAACCAUUAGCUAUGGAAUCAUUACAUCCAUCCUACAGUACGAGAAUUCUACAAACCUUCUCACCUGCCUGCAGCCCACCUUCACAACUUUGCUCGCCUGGAUCAUUCUGAUGCAGUUUGGAUUCUACGCCACAUCCCACCAACCCACUAUGUCACAGAUCGAUUGGAACGCGGCCUUUGUUGGCCGAUCCUGGUACUACGACAACAACAACAUCCUGUCCGCCGCCUUGGUUCUGCUGAACUCUUUCUCCGUUACAUUCCUCCUUUCCAUGAUGUACCCGCUGAUCAUCUUCACACCGUUUUGUGUGUACACCAUGUGGCCAUUGCUAGCCCAGAAGAUUUAUCAGAAAACGCCCGGGACGAAGCGCAAUGCGAAGGGUAGCUCGCGAAAAACAGAAGCCGGUACCGUGGAGUACCGAAGUGUUACCGUAAACAAGCAGGACGACAACAAUGAAGACGCUGGAGUAGAGGAAAGCGAGAGAUUAAGUAAGAAGGCGAUCGAUUUCGACGUAACCAAAGGCGAAAUUAAUCUGUACGAGAACGAGAAAUUGUUUGUCGGAACCGCUUUCAAGACCGGUUGCCAGCUGUUGCUGAUUCAAGGAAUUCGGAUAUUCUGUGCCAUGUUUGCCUGCACUCUGCACUGCCGUCACCUAAUGGUGUGGAAAAUCUUCGCACCUCGCUUCAUCUACGAAGGUAUCGGAAGCUACGUCGCCUUCAUCGGUCUCAACUUGGGUUUCUUGUUGUUGCUCCGGGUUCACCGUGCAGUGAACAAUCUCAUCAGCCAAAUAAAUAAGGAACGGUAGAUUUACGAACAAUCGAUUCUUCAUCAUCAUCGCCUUGUGAAAUACAAAAUGCGACGUAGCAAGGCAAUCUAGUCUUACCAUCGAUUUCUGUAUUCGGUAUAAUUUAUUAUUUGCAUUUUCAAAAGCGUAAAAUAUUAUUUAUUGAGCGACAAAUUUGCUUGAGAACGUACAAUUUACAUAAUUAUUAACUCAUCAUUAGUAAUUGGGGAUGCGCCAAUAACGUCCAAUAUUUGAAGUAUUCCUAAUUUAUGCACAGUUUUGGACCUUCCAUCCAGUUAAUAAAGGCAUUUGCAUAAGUCAUUUGGCUUAAUGC